AUGAAGUGGGAGGGUUGGACCGACACUAAAUCUGGAAUGGACAAGUACACAUGGGAAGCAUUCAAACUUGAACCAAGUCAGAACGGAAGCUUGACGGAAGUAGACAAACUGAGACCUGUUGUUCACAGAGAAGUUGACCAUACCGAUCCAAUCUCCUAUGCUCUUCCCUAUGUCCCAGCCACACCAGGGAUGUAUUCUUUUGUCCUUGAAGCUGCCGACAAGGCCAAUAACUCUGUAUACAUGAGAAGGUUUGCACUGUAUGACAAGGAGUCGGCAGUGACCACGGAUCCAGCCAAUGCCCUGUACAUACCGUCAGCUGUGCAAGACAAUGGCUUCCAGUGGAUGACCGAUGCUUCCACGCCACUAGUCAUUAACUGGCAAGAUCAUUUUCUGAACUACGUCCAUGAAAGUGGUAAAUUCCUGAACAGCAUCCUCCCCUUCCGUGUGAAGGUUGUAGAAGACCCACCAAUCUACAAGGAAGUACCUCAUACAAAUGAUGAUCAUUAUGGAAGAAGAACUACAGCGGCUAUCCCCAAUGUACGGGGCAUUGUGAGGUUUGAGUGGACGCAUGCCGUCAACAAGAGUGGAGGCAGAGCGCUUCACACACCAGUAAAUUGGAAUGAUAUCUCCUGUCUGAACACAACAAACCAAACAACAGUUGCUGGUGUUACAAGCGGAACCACCGUUACUGUGUGGGUAAGAGCCUGGGACAUCCUUUACAACAGGAAAGUGGACUCGACAAGUGUAACCUACGACUUCACCGAACCAGAGUACAGUGUGAUGACAUUCAACAAAAAUGAAAAAUCCAACAUUCCCUUCAGUUCCGGUUUAACGGUGACCGCACACGAUGCAGAGAGUGGACUCGACCAUUGUUGA